AUGGCUACUUUCCCAACCGGCAUUAUCACCGAUACAUUUAGUCGCCUUACGACGAAGACGCUUUUACGCUUCAAACGUGUGUCCAAGUCAUCGAGUUCCCUCGUACACGACCCUUAUUUCGCUAAACUCCAUCUCCAUAACUCCUUCAAAACCAACGCUAAUGUCAAGCUAAUCCUCGACAGCCGCACAGAAGAUGAUGUAUAUAAGACCUAUUUGGUCGACUUCGACUCGCUAGGCAACUUGGAGGAACUCUCUCGACCGUAUUCGAUAGCAAACUUCGGAGUUUCUUCGAGAAUAUUCGGUUCUUGCAACGGUUUACUAGCCGUAUACCACGACGAGGAAGGCAUUGCUUUGUGGAAUCCAUCCACCAGAACAUGCUAUCAUCUCCCGAAAUUAACGAUCGGGGGUGUUUUCGAUAUGGAUUACGAAAUUAUCGUUGGAUUCGGGUACGAUGCCACCGGCAACGACUAUAAGGUGGUGCAAAUGUCAACAUCCGGGAAGCCAGUCAUGAUUUACAGCCUGAAAGCUAACUCAUGGAGGAGAAUCAAGGAUUGCCCUUACCAAAUCUCUUAUCACGUGACACAAGACGGUGCUUUCGCAAACGGUUCCCUGCAUUGGGUGGGCGACGAAAACGACCAACAUCAUAACGGAAGCUUGAUCUUCGGUCUUGAUCUCGUGGUCGAAGAGUUCCAUCGAGUUCCCGAUGAAUCCGACGUCGGUAACCGGAACUUCGGGUACAGGAGUGUCGGAGUCGUGGGUGGGAACUUGUGUGUUUUCCGGGAGUAUGAUGAAAAGAUGAUGUGAUUUUGUGGGUGAUGAAGGAAUACGGAGUUAAGGAGUCGUGGAGUGAAGUAGCUAGUGUGUCCCGUGAAGAAUGGUGGCUACAGGGAAUUUUCUAUACGAGAGUCAUAGCUUUUUCUAAGACGGGUGAUCGGUUAUUGCUGGAGGAUGGGGCUCGGCCUCGUCAGCCUGCUUGGUUCAGCCUGGAGAAGAAACAGGAGCUUCUAGAUAUUCCGGGCACCCGAUCACUUUGCUGCAAUGAUUUACAUAGAAAGCCUUGUUUCUCCGCU